AUGACCGGAAAACGAGAAAGAGCUUAUGUUAUCGGAGUGGGAAUGACCAAAUUUUCAAACCCACGAGGACAUAUCGAUUAUCCUGAACUUGGACGUGAGGCCGCUUCGAAAGCUUUAUUCGAUGCCGGAAUUAAAUAUGAUGAUAUUCAACAAGCAUUAGUUGGAUAUAUCUAUGGGGACUCGACUUACGGUCAAAAGACCUUGUAUCAACUUGGCAUGACACAGAUCCCAAUAAUUAAUGUUAAUAAUAAUGGUGCAACUGGAUCAACCGCUCUUUUUAUGGCACGUCAACUUGUUGAAGCUGGUCUUAUCGAUUGUGCACUUGCUUUGGGAUUUGAGAAAAUGGCUCCUGGACCCUUGACUGUCAAUUUUACUGAUCGCACCAACCCCGUUGAACUCAGUAUUUUAUUAAUGUCGGAGGCACGCGGUAUCGAGUCGGCUUCUAUUCCUGCCCAAAUAUUUGGUAAUGCUGGCAUUGAAUAUUGUGAAAAAUACGGAGCAACACCUGAUCACAUGGCAAAAAUUGCGGAAAAGAAUCAUAGGCACAGUGCUAAUAAUCCCUAUUCGCAAUUUCGUAAUAUAUUAUCUCUUGAUCAAAUCAAAUCUUCACCGCAUAUUUUUGGUCCUUUGACUAAAUUUCAAUGUUGUCCUAAUGCCAAUGGUGCAGCUGCAGCUGUGGUCGCCUCUAAAAGGUUCGUUUGUGAUCAUGAUCUUCAAGAUCAAGCAAUAGAGAUAGUCGCACAAUCAUUGGCGACAGAUUCGCCAUUAUUAUACGAAAAAAAAAGUCUGAUUGAGCUAGCUGGUGCUGAUAUGACAAGGCGAGCGGCAAGAGACGCAUUUAACAAAGCUGGAAUUACGCCAAAUGAUGUUCAAGUUGUAGAACUCCACGAUUGCUUUUCGGCGAAUGAGCUUAUUACCUAUGAUGCAUUAGGUCUUUGUAAACCAGGAGAUGCCCAUAAAUUAAUAGAUUCAGGUGAUGUAACUUAUGGAGGUAAAUACGUCGUAAAUCCUUCGGGUGGACUGAUAUCUAAGGGUAACCCAAUAGGUGCCACUGGUCUGGCUCAAUGUACAGAAUUGGUAUGGCAAUUACGUGGAUGGUGUGAAGAACGUCAAGUGCCUAACAUUCAAUAUGCGCUUCAACAUAAUAUUGGUCUCGGCGGUGCAGCUGUAGUCACGAUUUAUAAGCGAGCAGAAGGAUUAAGCAAACCCAAAAAAUCACAAGAUCCACGAAAGAGAUUUGGUUACAAUCCAGCAAUCGAAGCCAAACCUAUUAACGAUGCGGAUUUUAAGCGAGUUUGCUCUUCUGCUAGUAGAAGUGAAUAUGCUCUGGGAAAAUUAUAA